AUGCUACAAGCUAUUAAGUACAGCGAGGGAAACCUUGAGAUUCUUGAUCAGUUACAACUUCCCUUUGUUGAAACAUAUAUCCCCAUUCGAACUACUGAAGAUGGAUGGCACGCCAUUAAAGACAUGAAAGUCCGAGGGGCACCAGCCAUUGCUAUUGUUGCAAUGCUAUCGCUCGCAUCAGAACUUCUGGCACCUGAUAACGAGGUUCUUCAACAAACUCCAGAGGAAGUGCACCAAUACAUUUCAGCCAAGCUCGACUACCUGGUAACGAGCAGGCCCACCGCUGUCAAUCUGAGCGAUGCCGCUCGCAAGUUGGAAAAACGUGUUUCGAACCGCGCAAAGGAGGUACCGGGACCUCUUGGCCGUGAGGUUGCAGAUACGUUCAUUCAAUCUGCGGUGGCUAUGCUGGGCAACGAUUUGGAGGAUAAUCAGAGAAUCGGACACAAUGGCGCCGAAUGGAUCGCCAGCUACGCGGCCAAACCAGGACAAGCUCAAGUUGCCGUGUUGACUCACUGUAACACUGGCUCUCUCGCCACGUCAGGAUACGGUACAGCAUUGGGGGUGGUUCGUUCGCUGGCCUCGAAGAACAAGCUACGUCACGCCUAUUGCACAGAGACUAGACCCUAUAACCAAGGCUCUCGCCUGACAGCAUUCGAAUUGGUUCACGAUAAAAUUCCAGCUACCCUCAUCACGGAUUCUAUGGCAGCCGCAUUGCUCGCAGAUACUGACAAAGGCGUGAAUGCAAUUGUUGUAGGAGCUGAUAGAGUGGCAGCUAAUGGGGAUACGGCCAAUAAAAUCGGCACGUAUGCUUUGGCUGUUUUGGCCAAACACCACGGUGUCAAAUUCCUUGUUGCAGCACCGCGAACCACGAUCGAUUUAGACACAAAGUCAGGAAAUGAUAUUAUCAUCGAGCAAAGACCAGCAUCCGAGGUGACAAGCAUCAAAGGACCUCGUGAUGGUCCAGAGGGCACUGGCAACGUGUCGAUCGAAACCGUGAAGAUUGCGGCACCGGGUAUCAAUGUCUGGAACCCAGCGUUUGACAUAACCCCCUCGGCUUUGAUCGAUGGUAUUGUCACCGAGGUCGGGGUGAUGGAGAAGGGCGUCGAUGGGCAGUAUCACUUGGAUGGACUGUUCGACGAACCUACCCUGUCCUGA